AUGCUAACUGGAAGAAAUGUCAUUCCUGAUUUUGAAUCGGUUAGCUCACCGCUCAAGAGCGCCUUGACAGAAUUACUGUCUGUAAGGGUAAUCAACCCGAAAGAAUUGAGAGCUCAGGAUGUAUUAUCAACAGCCCAGCGAGGAUACUAUUACGAGAUUGUGAAGCAUUUGACGCAAAGUAAGAUUUAUGUCUCAGUGAAUUCGAAGGAAGGGACAGAGGAUGAUGUUUCGCGGAAAAAGGCCAAGUCAUAUCGAUUAAUGAGCCAAGAAGAAUUGGUGAUCAAAAUUUGGGAUAUUGUAGCUGAUCAAAUUGACCAAUGUGCAGACGAUGUAAUUGCAGAUUUCAUCGAAAAUUUGGCAUUAGAAGUCGAUUUUGAAGCUGGUUUUGUGCGUCUUUGGCCUGGAUGCUGCUUGGGCAAGUUUAAGGUCCAAGUUAAGCUAAUAACGGAGGCUUUUAGUUACUUGACAAAUACCUUUCCUUUCAUAUUCGACAGGAUACCUGGCGUCCAAUCAGUGACAGAGUUCGCUGACUAUCGUCUAGUAGAGUCAGCACUUUCCGUCCUAGAUAACAAAAUUGAUCGCACAGUGGACGAGAUGAUUCGAACAGUAAGAGAGCUUGCUACCGCAAAAGAUGAGACUCAGGGACUCGCCAGAGAUGACGAAGGAGCGGCCUGCAGCGGUUGCCUUCAGGCAUUUUUACGUGUUAUGAGUAAGUGUAACCUUAUUGUCAUGAAAGAGCAGAGAGCGUCGGUGAAGAGGAUAUACGUCAAAAAUCUUGAAAUCAUGCUGCGCAACAUAAAAAUCUCUUUUGAUAAAGAGUUUUUAAACAAGCUUAAGUCCCUAGUCAUCACAGAGUAUGAAGUUGCUUCAUGUAUUUCACAAAGCUUACCGUUGGAAGCAAAAAAAACUAUCCUCAAUAAACUUCUGUUCGAUGCUGAUCAUUUAAGAAGUAUUUUGACUGUAUACGCUUUUACUCCCGGCUUUAAUAGAGAAUUCGAGUCAUUGAAGUUCGCACACUUUUCCGCCAAUAAGUCCCAGCAGUUUUAUGAUAUUUUGGCAAGGGAAACAACAGAUAAAUUCAAGGCCUCAUACCUAAAACAAUGCAAUAUGAGUGAGAUUCUUGCCUUUUGCGAGUCACUUUAUGCAUUGGAAGAUCCCACAUGUCAUAAGCUUAUCAAAAGGAGUUUGAAAGAAGUGUUCGACGGCGAGCUGAGGAUCCUUGAGCCUUUGCUAAAAACCUUGGACUCCAUAAUAAAAAACUGCUACCAACUACUUAUAAGUGGCCAAUCCAAAUCUGAAGUGCAAAUUGAAAAUGACAAGAGUAAAGUCCACGCCGUCUGGACAAUUUUGAACGAUUUUGACCUUGUAGAGCCAUUUUUCGAGCUCUUUUUUGAGAAGAGCUUCUUUCGAAGAGUAUUGUUAAUGGGCGAAGAUUAUCUGAGAUUCAUGGACCACUCGUUGAAUGUGGAAAGAGAAGUUUUAGAAAAUUUGGAGCUGCACAGAGCUUCGAGAGAUUUUCUUCCGCAGCUGUCCAAGCUGCGAAGUGAUUUGAAAUGCACCAAGUUACUAAACUGUGGAUUUAACGAGAAGGAAAUUAGCAAUGUCCAUCUUAUUCCCAUGAUAUUCGAAAGAAAUAAUGUGCCUUCUACCUUCCAAGAAAUAUCAAGUAACGACAUCACUCUACCCACAACCCUCCAGCAGAUAUGGAAUCGCUUUCAGUCGUUUUACCAAAAGAGUGAUUCAAAAGCGGGGCUUAAACCAUUAAUUUUACAAAAUGCUUUACACCAUCUAGAGGUGCAAACAGAUUUCAAAUUAGAAGAAGGCUCGUUUCUCAUACUAGAAGUUACGUUGAUACAAGCCAGCGUUCUUGAAUUUUUCAAUACAUAUGCUGACUUAACCGUUGCAAAACUCGUGAAGUUGCUCAACGUGUCGGUAACUCAGGUCAACCUUGCCUUAGUGGCCUUUGUAGACGUUCAGUUGCUGAAACUUUCAGGUGGCACUUUCACAGUAAACGCAGACUUUAAAGCGGAUCCACGAAAGAUAAAAAAUGGGAAGUUUAGGGUUGUAAAUAGGUCGGUGCCAAGACCACCCACGAGACAAGGCGGCCCUGCGGUCAAAACUAAUACUAUGUGGGUGAAGGAACUUUUACGCGCUAGCAUCGUUCGAUCACUGAAGGGUUUUCAAGGAAGAAUUACUUUUGAAGAGUUGAAGCUUCUUGUCGAAAAGCAAAACUCUGGCUUCAGUCUAGGGGAAUUCAAAACUGCUCUGUCUGACUGCCGAGAUUUUUAUGAUUUUCAUGACAGCAGGUACAGCUAUAAACCGUGA